UGUAUAAUCGCUGUAACUAUUUCAGCGACAUUGUUACAUAUAUCGAAACAUGGAAUGUAUCGUCAAUAUCGAUAGAGUAUCAAUAAACCCGUUCGCACGCUUGGGAACAAGCAAAAGUUGUUGAAAUUUCGUGCGCAUUAAUAAAAUAAUCAGCACGUAAUAUAAUUAUAAAGUAAAUCGCAGCUUAUGUGUUAUAUUUGUGUUGUGACGGUGUUUUCUUUGCCCCUCUGCUAAACAACGGACAAACACGAACGUCUGUUCGUCGCCUUGCAGCGACGACGAAGAGAAAGAAAAUUGAAGUAGCAAUUGUUGGAGUAAAAUUAAAACGAAUUUCCACUGGUGAAAAAUAAACGUAAAAGCAAUUCGAGAAAAGUUGCACUUAAAGGAGAAUGAGCACAACGCCGGCCAGUCUUAUUGAGGCGGCAAUAACUGUGAGCAGCGUCGCUGCCGCUGCUGCAACUGCUAUUACUGGCAACGCAACGACCCAAAAGCCAAGUCCGAAUUACGUUGUGCAAAUGAAGAAUCCAUCGAGCGUCGUACAGGAGCCAUUGGAUCCACUGCUUCAUGUGGGCGAUGGCAUAUUCCUGCAAACGAAAACCGCACAGGUGCUAGCUGGCGUGUUUGUAUGGGCAGCGCUGUUUGUCACAUGUCAACAGAUCUAUCAGCAUUUGCGCUGGUACACCAAUCCACAGGAGCAGCGAUGGAUAGUCCGCAUUCUGUUCAUUGUGCCCAUCUAUGCCACCUACUCAUGGAUUAGCUUGUUAUUCUUCAACUCGGACAACGUUUACAUUUACUUCUUUACGGUGCGCGAUUGCUACGAAGCCUUUGUCAUUUACAACUUUCUGUCGCUAUGCUAUGAGUAUCUCGGUGGCGAGGGUAACAUCAUGUCUGAGAUACGUGGCAAGCCCAUUAAGACCUCAUGCUUGUAUGGCACCUGCUGUCUGAAGGGCAAGACAUACACCAUUGGAUUCCUGCGUUUCUGCAAGCAGGCUACGUUGCAGUUCUGUUUGGUUAAGCCGCUGGUUGCUUUCAUCAUCAUCUUUCUGCAGGCAUUUGGACAUUAUCAUGAUGGUGAUUGGAGCGCCGACGGCGGAUAUAUUUAUAUAACCAUCAUCUACAACAUUUCCGUAUCGCUGGCUUUGUAUGGCCUUUAUCUGUUCUACUUUGCCACACGGGAUCUGCUGACACCAUUUGAGCCCGUACUGAAAUUCUGCACCAUCAAGUCGGUCAUAUUCUUGUCCUUCUGGCAGGGCGUCGGACUGGCCAUACUCGAGAAGGCACAGGUUAUUUCGCCCAUUGUGGACAGUGCUGGCACUGUUACCUCAGCGGGUACGGUUUCCGCCGGCUAUCAGAACUUUUUCAUAUGCAUUGAAAUGCUGUUUGCUGCCAUUGCGUUGCGCUAUGCUUUCCCCUAUCAGGUCUAUGCGCGCAGCUGCAUUGGUGAUGGCCAUGGACGGUCUGUAACUAUGCAAUCCAUUUCCAGCAGUCUCAAGGAAACCAUGAAUCCCAAGGAUAUUAUGACAGAUGCUAUACACAAUUUCCAUCCACAAUACCAACAAUACACGCAAUACAGUUCAGACGUAACCUCAGCUCAGCGUUACGAAAAACUCUAAAACUCUAAAUAAAAUACAAAGCAAAACUUUAGCGACGUCCGCUACUAAGCACUAAUUGUAAUUCCAAAACAAGACGAGGGACAACAAAGAAAAAAAAAACACAAAAACACAAAAAAAAGAAAAACAAAACAAAAAUGCUGAUAUAAAAGACAAAUCAAGUGUACUUAUAGCUUACCAUAGGCUUACAAAUCGACACCACAGUUGCCUUGUGUUGCCGGUUGAACACUAAAACAAAGCAUGAAAAGCAAAACAAAAACAAAAACAAGUUUAAACAAACUAAAUACGUAUUAGGCCUAAUUACUUACAGAGAGUGCGCACUCGAAACCCAAAACUAAAAUUGCCUAGUUACCUUAGAUCUUUAUGUAUCUGAAUUAUGUACUCUGAAUCUUGAGAAGACAUUCCAUGAAUAAUACGUAUAACUCGUUUUGUAUGUUCACCGUUUGCCCUUGCUGAUUUCUGUGUGUGUAUUUUUUAUUAUGUUUACGUUACGAUCUAAGCAUUUUACCAACUUAUUUAAAUGUUAGCUAUAAAAAAAAACGCAUUCUAUUACUAUAAUAUUGUAUAAUAUUAUAUACAUGUAUGUGUAAACAAAGAUUUUAUAAUUAUAUGUAUGUAACUAAUUGUAUAAAUGGCAUUACAAACAAAUCAAUUUAAACAAAGCUUUGCUUGUAUUCAAAAUAGAUUAACAAACUUCAGAUCCAAUAGAUUCACAUUGACUUGGCAAUUUUGGUGAAUUUUCAUAUCAGAAUCUUGAAGGAGCGCACAGUUCCGUGAGAUUUUCACACUUAAUGUACUUAGCUUAUUUUGCAUUUAAACAUUAAAAUAUGAGCAUAAUUAUUUCGAUUACAAUACUACAAUAUCCUUUAGCUCAAAGAUACCAAAAAAAAAACAUUCUUUGCUUUUUGAUUUCCUUUUGUGAUAGCCUCAAAUCGAAAGCUCGUGCUUUUAAGUUCGCGUGCAUAUGUUUUUUUCUUUGAUUAACUUUUGUAAAUGUUUAAACAAAUUGUAUAAAAUAUCUAUAAAUUUAUCUGUAUUAAAUAAAUGUACAAUAAGC